AUGCAUCUCCCUAACAGCAUCGACGCCCGCUCGGGGCCAGAGAAGCGGUCCGAGCACUGGUCUGACCUGGGCGGCCGAGCGCACUUCAGGAUGACCCCCUCGGCCGCCUCUCCGUCUGGUCUGGUCCUGAGCCACGUCACCCCCGCCGACCAGGGCCUCUACCGCUGUCGGGUCGACUUCGUAGCUUCCCCGACCAGGAACGUUGGUGUCGAGCUGCGGGUUGUAGAUCCCCCUCGUCACCUGGUUAUCCUGGACGUCUCGGGUCGCCAGGUGAACGGACUCAUUGGUCCCUACCCUCUCGGGGACACGCUCUCUCUCACCUGUCAAGUCACGGCUGGAUCUCCACGACCCGAGGUGACCUGGUGGCACGAAGGGUCACUGCUGGACGGCGUGGUGGACGAGGUCAGAGGUCAGGUCACUCAUAACCUGCUGACCUUGCCCAACCUGACCAGGCAGCACCUGCACCGGGUCUUGACCUGUCGAGCAAGCAACUCCAACCUAACUGCCCCUCUUGCUGCCUCCGUGACCCUCGAUAUGACCUUCCCCCCACUGGAGGUGCGACUAGUGGGGAACAACACGGCCGUGAGGGAAGGGGGGCUGUACCCCCUGGUGUGUGAGGCCACUGGGUCCCGACCUCCAGCUAACCUCACCUGGUGGAUCAACGGAGUCCUAACCUCCACCACCUCCACCAGUAUGCAGGUGCUGCAGAAGGGCAACGUGAGCAGGUCGACGCUGCAACUCUCCCCCAGCAGGAGGCAGGACGGAGCCGUCGUCUCCUGCAGAGCUGAGAACCCCAGGGUGCAGGCAGCCUCCGCUCUAGAGGACUCUCGCAAGCUCCUGGUUUAUUACUCUCCACGGAUGCGCCUCCGGCCUGGUAGAAACAUGGACAUGAACAAGAUAAGAGAAGGCGACGAUGUCUACUUCGAUUGUCACAUUGAAGCCAAUCCUCGUGUCCUUAACGUCAUGUGGCACCUUGAUGGCUCGGAGCUAGAGCAGAACGUGCCCCGGGGCGUGAUACAGAGCAACCAGAGCCUGGUCCUGCAGAGCGUCUCCAGAGCCUCUACAGGAACCUACAGCUGCUCAGCUUCGAACCUCCAGGGCUCCGCCACUUCCAACACUCUCAGACUCAACGUUAAGUUCGCGCCGGUGUGCUCGCCGGGACAGAAGUGGGUGUACGGGGGCAGCCGUCAGCAGCCCGUCAACGUCAGCUGUCAAGUGGAGGCCUACCCCGAGGCCAGUAGUUUCCGGUGGGCGUUCAACACCUCCACUGAUUACGUGGAGAUUCCUCCGGAGCUGAUCCACGGGUCGUCGGGGGCCAGCGUGGUCUCUUACACCCCUCAGACGCACCAUGACUUCGGCUCCCUCCUGUGCUGGGGACGCAACGAAGUCGACGCCCAGCGCCAGCCCUGCGUCUUUCAUGUGGUGCCAGCAGGAGUGCCGGAGCCAGUGAACAACUGCAGCGCCUGGCACAACGUGAGUGCCUCAGGCCAGGUGAUGGUAGGGUGCCAGGCGGGCUGGGGUGGAGGUCUCUCCCAGACCUUCACCCUCGAGGUCCGCCAGGGGACCUCUGCCAGCCCUCAGGGCUCCGGGGACCCCGCCAUCAGACCCCCGGGGACGGUCCUGGCCGCUCUGAGAGACCAACUGGAGCCUCACUUCACCGUGACCGGCCUCACGCCUGGCAAGGAGUACUUCCUCGCUGUCAUAGCCUCCAACUCCCAGGGCUCGGCGCCCCCUACUGUCCUCGUCCACCUCACGCCUAUCGACGUGGCAGAGAAGCGCACUAGUGCCGUGGUGGCCGAGGCGUCUUCUGGGGACGAGCUGGAGAAGGUCAUGCCGGUCAUGGGCGCAGUGGUGGGCGUGAUAGUGGGCGUUGUGCUGUGCGGUGUCGCCCUAGUGGUGGGCGUCCGCCUUCGUGCCGCGCACGGGCGCACUCCCGCGCUUACCAGGAUCGUCUACGGUGACCAGGCAGUAGGCGCGGCCAGAGCGCCAGACGAUGGUGGGUUCAUGCAGCAGAAGGAGCAGAAAGGACCAGACAUUAUUCUGGUGAAGGGAGAUUAUAUUGACUCCUAA